CACUUUACCUCUUUAUUGUCACGAUUUGAUUCAAGUUGUGUUACCGGUACACAGUUAUUUAAUACACAUUGAACCAGCUAGGUAUUCAGUCUGCCAGUGAUGUUUAGUAACAUCUUUACAAUUCAACCCAAUGCUGCAAUGUCUGUCAACCUAAUGCUGAUUCCACCACCUAAGUAUGCAUCAACUACGAGAUAUCAACAAGACAAACCCAAAAAUCUUGUCCCGUCGUCAGCGCCAGGCCCCUCAUCUUCUCCACCGAAAAGGGAGCGAAUAAUUCGACGAACUUCGCCAUUGAAGGAUUGUAAUUCUCAUGACAACACUAUUAAAUUAAUGAAAAUGCCACAAGAGGGUGACAGAAAAGAUUUGAGUGUUUGGGAAGAUUGGUUGAUCAAAAAGUUACAACAGGAGAGAGAAGACAUAAAAAUACAGAUGAAGUUACAGACGAAAAUUGACAAGCGUGAACAAAUGUUGAAGGAAGAAAUGAAAGUUCAAGGAAAACGAGAAAUUGAGAGAAAAUCGAAACAAGCGUACGAGAGAUGGGUGGAAAAGAGAAAUGAAAUUGAAAAAGAGCAAAAAGAGAAGGAAAGGAGAAAAAAACUUGAAGAGAAACAGAAAGAGGAUGAAAGAAGAAGGAAAAAUGAAGAAUGCUUUCAGAAAUGGCUGAAAAAAGUCAAUGAAAAACAAUGUGCUUCUCCAAGACAAGGUACAGUGAGUGAGUAUCCCGCACCAUCUUAUCGUAAUUCAGCACCGUGGAUUGGCCCACUAGCAGACAAAGACACCAAGGAAUCAGUACGUCGCCAGCACAAAAUGAUGAUAGCAGAAAAACAUGCAACAAUUCGACAAAGACCAAAAACGGCGAACCAAAAAAGAAAAGGGCUCGUAAAAACUGGCCCAGAAAAGGGCAAAGGAGUGUUGAUUUGUAGACCUGCUACUGCAGCACCCUUGUUUUAUAACGUGCCAAUUAGGAACCCCAAAAACUUUAUGCCUGAACCUAAGAGAGGCAGUUUUAGGGGAAGAUCGUAACAUCUCGAUUCUUAGUGUGUGAGAUUAGUUGAUAUUUUAUGAUGAAAUAAUAAUAUAUAGACUUUUAGAAUGUAAUUUAAACCAAAGUGAUCGACAUAGCAGCGCUGAGGCCGAUGUUUGCUGUUAUAUUAAGAGGCAAAUGUGAUUUGGAUAUUCAAAUAUAACUUGUGGCUCAUGUUUGGAAUUCACGGGAUUUGUAUAAGUUGUCUUGUAGAGUCUAAAAUCUGGCAUGGGCAAACUACGGCCCACGGGCCAAAACCAGCCCGUUGGAUACUUGAAUCUGGCCCGCCCGAUGCUGCCACAACCAAGGUAAAACCGAAUUUGGAUGUUUCAGCUAAAAAAUUGAUCAAGGAAUUGGUUGAGAUUGCGGUUAAAUUUAGUUUUAGCACGUGGCUUAUUGUUUUCGACUUUUCCUUUUAUAACACUGUAAAUAUUAUUUAUAAAAUGUAA